CCAAUGUGAGUUGGGUAAACAACUCGGCCUGCUAUAUUUUCGCGCGCUUUUCUGAUUCGCUGUGGCAGACAUCUUCACAGUCCCAGACCGAAGCACAGACCAGUAACCGUGCUGCUUGGAGAGAAAACUUUCUUAGGAUUCUGGGAGUCCAACCUCGAGGACCUAGGAAGUCAACAUCCACAGUACCUGUGUGCGCUAUAGAGAGAGACGUCACUUCAAACUUUGUGGCCACUCUCAGUCCCAGAGUUGAAGCAUCUGUUUCAUUUCUAAGCCACCAUGAGCUACAGCAAGCAAGGGUCACAGAAGGUCCUUCCCGAUUUAAGGAACAACAUGACAAUCAAGUACCAUUUGCCUCAGGUUCUUCAAGAUAAGCAGAAGGAUCCCAAGAUUUUGCAAAUGCAAAUGGGAUCUCGAAAAGCAUCAAAUGAGACAUCUAACAGCCAAGAGCAAAGACUCUAUUCUUCUAAGAAAACUCGACAAGAUGAGAAUGUUCUCCCAGAUAAAACAAUCAAGAUCACCUUGGGGGAAAAUUCCAAAAAAUAUUUCUGCAUUUCCAUCCAUAGAGAGACAGGUAGCUUAUAUGAGGCCCUGAACUCCCAUGCCCUUGUCAAAAGAGAGAUAGAAAAACAGCCAGGCAAAGAAAUGUUGGUGUGUGGCAAAGAAGGAAUAGAAGGGUACAUAAACUUUAGUAUGCCCCUCUAUUGUUUUCCACAAGGCAGCCAUGUAGACAUUACAUUUUCCAAAACUGAAAGUGAGGAGAAAAAAAAUAAUGAAGUGUGUGGCCGCUUUGACCAGCCAUCUGCUGAGUGUGUUGUAUUUUACAUUCAUGCAGUAGGGAAUAGGGAGCACAGGAUUCUGAGGUGCAGGGAACUUCACAAGGAAGGUACCAAACUCUGUGUCUAUGGUUUCAAGGGAGAGACCAUCAAGAACACUCUGAGGAAGGAUGGCAGGUUUUGCUCCUUUGUAGAGAGUGACCAUUGGACACUCAUUAACAAUGACACCAUCAUAGCGAUCAGCCAGCCAGUUGAUGUGUUGGAGGGCAAGCUCUUUCAGAUUGAUGUUGAGACAAAGAAGAGCCCUUGGGAAGCAGCGAGAACUCAGAAAUCUGAGUUAGAGGACAGACACAUCAGUGAGUUGAAAGGAUACAUUGUGAAUUUGUACCCCACACUGACAGGAGAACGUGAGAAAGUGAGAGCGUAUAUCAAGAAGAAAACUGAGAAUAGUAAAGCAGAGUCUCUUCUCGAAGCCUAUAAGAGGAGGUUCAGUGAAGUGGUGAAAAGCUCUAUUCCAGACGGAAUGGUCAAACUUAUUUCACACUUCAUGGAUUCCACUGGACUCAUAGUUUGGGACAAUAAUGGAAACAGGGGUAGAGCCACUUGCUUUGUUUUCAGAGGGUUGUACAUUUUCACUUGUCGACAUGUAUUAAAUGAUAUUGUGGGAGAAGGAAGAGAGCCAAGUCAGUGUCUAGACCUAAUGAGCCAAUGCGUAAGGGUAACAUUUGAUGACGAAUGCUGUGAAGAGCCAACCUCAAACUUUAACAGUUGCUUUCGCAUUGAACCUUGGCUUCUCAUAUCUGAUGACACUCUUGACUAUGCUGUCCUGCAACUGAAGGAUAAUGGUCAAGAAGUACCUGCUGGACUGUAUAAUAACGGAAUAGCUGUUGUCCUUCCCAGUGAGUUGAUAUAUAUGAUUGGCCAUGAAAAUGGAAACAAGGUUUUUGAUCGUUGUGCAGUGCUCACUCAAGGUAAACUAAAAGAGAAGAGUCAGCAAUUUGUUCAUGGAAAAGAAGCAACAGGUCAUAGCCAUUCUUCUCAGUUCCUCCAUAUGUGUACAAAAAGAAGUUUCCAAGAAAUGAAUGUCAACCCUAAUGACUUUACCUAUAAUAUUCUUUAUAAUGGCUCUUCUGGAUCUCCACUAUUUGAUUGUAAAGGUUCUCUAGUAGCCAUGCAUACUGUUGGCUUCAUUUGUGAGCAUGAAAGCGGAGUUUAUAAUGUUAUUGAGGUUGGCAUAAAGAUGGAAUCCAUUCUUGCUGAUAUUAAGCAAAAACAUAAAAUAUGGUACGAUGAUGUUUGUGUAAAUCAGCAGGAUGUAGAAAUGUGCAGUGAAGCCUAUACAAAUGUAUUUGAACAGGAUGUAGAAAUGUGAAGAGUUUUGAAGGUGGGAGAGUAUUUGUUCCCGUUUUCUCUCUUUAAGAGAAUUGGGUUUUUAAAGGCAGUACUAUGUUUUUCUGACCUUCAAAGCGUUCAUUUUAACGUGAAAAGAUGGCUGGAAAUGUGGCUCACUGGUUGAACACUUGCCUAGCAUGCAUGAGGUUCUAAGAUUAGUCCCCAGUGAAAAAUGAAUAUGAUAGCACUCAAAUCAAUUUCCAAAACUGU